UCGUUACAUGAUUUGAUUUUUUGCACGUUUUCGAAAAUAGAAAAGAUAUUAACCGUCUUUUCGUAUUGUUUCAGUGUAGUUGUCUCUCUCGAUUUCUCAUGACCGCCGAGAAAAUUAUUUGUUUCAAUUUUUCGUUGUAAAGAAAAAUCGGCACUCAUUUUGUUCCACAAUAAUUCGCUUCUGCUAAUUCGUAGGAGCUGCAGCAUCGCUAAAUCUGUAUAAUUUGAUUGGUCUUUUUUUUGUUUGUUUUUUUUUUCUGAAUCGUAUAAUUCUCUGGAAACCCCUAACGAUUUCACUCCGGAAAGAGUCGUAUUCAGUUAGGGUUUUGAUUUGAUCCCGAAAGGAACUUGAUGCUGCGUAUUCGGGAAGCGUUUGGGUUUGGAAUCCAGUGUUUCUUCUACUAAUUGAAGAAUUAAUUUCUCCGGUAUUUAAGAGUGCUUGGAUUUGGAUCAUUUGAUCAGAUUGGUGCUUACUUUUACGUACGAAAUUCCGCUUCAUGCUCGUAUAUUGAGAGAGAGAGAGAGAGAGAGAGAGAGAGGAUGCUGUCGAAUCAUUUGCAGAAUGGGGUGGAGACGGCGAAGCUGAUCUGGUCACGGCUGCCGAACUCGGAGGUGGAAGAAGAGGGGGCAGCUGCCGGAGAUUUCAGCCGGAUUAAGAAGGACGAUGGUAGCUCUGUCGAGAGCCUUGACUAUGAAGUAAUUGAAAAUUACGCUUACAGACAAGAACAGGCAAAAAGGGGGAAGGUUUAUAUGGCAUAUAGCGUGGUGGUAAAAUGGCUAAUGGCAUUGCUUAUUGGGAUUGGUACUGCACUAGCUGCCGUGUUUAUCAAUCUCUCUGUCGAGAAUUUUGCCGGAUGGAAAUAUUCGUGGACAUUCAAUCUGAUUCAGAAGUCAUACUUUGCUGGAUUUUUGGUCUAUACACUGAUCAACUUGGCUCUAGUGUUAUCCUCAGUUUAUAUUGUUACACAAUUUUCACCAGAAGCUGCAGGAUCAGGGAUCCCCGAAAUAAAGGGUUAUUUAAACGGAAUCGACACACAUGGUAUACUUUUGUUCAGGACUUUAGUAGGCAAGAUUUUUGGCAGCAUUGGAUCCGUUGGAGGUGGCUUAGCACUUGGAAAAGAAGGUCCACUUGUGCAUAUUGGUGCUUGUAUUGCUUCUAUGCUUGGACAGGGUGGAUCCACAAAGUAUCAUCUGCGUACAAGAUGGCUACAGAUCUUUACCAGUGAACGAGAUCGACGUGAUCUUGUCACCUGUGGAUGUGCAGCAGGCGUGGCUGCUGCAUUUAGAGCUCCAGUUGGUGGUGUAUUGUUUGCACUAGAAGAAGUAACAUCAUGGUGGAGGAGUCAGCUCAUGUGGCGUGUCUUUUUUACAUCUGCCAUUGUGGGUGUGGUUGUACGGACAGCAAUGGCGUGGUGUAAGAGUGGAAAAUGUGGACAUUUUGGUUCUGGAGGCUUCAUUAUAUGGGACAUCUCAGGUGGUCAAGAGGAUUACUCAUUUCAGGAGCUGUUGCCAAUGGCAGUUAUAGGCGUUAUCGGGGGUCUUCUUGGAGCACUGUUCAAUCAACUUACUUUUCACAUAGCAUACUGGCGCCGAAAUUAUUUGCAUAAGAGAGGGAACCGUGUGAAGGUUAUUGAGGUGUGCGUUGUCUCUCUGAUAACCUCUCUUAUUUCGUUUGGAUUGCCCCUUUUUAGAAAAUGCACUCCCUGCCCUGAAGCAGAUGCUAAUUCUGGCAUUGAAUGUCCAAGGCGCCCAGGGAUGUAUGGGAAUUAUGUUAAUUUUUAUUGUGGUGAGAAGGAAUACAACGACCUUGCAACAAUAUUCUUCAACACUCAGGAUGAUGCAAUCAGAAAUUUGUUCAGUGCUAAAACAAUUCAUGAAUUUAGUGCACAGAGCCUCCUCACAUUUUUGGUCAUGUUUUACUCUCUAGCGGUACUCACUUUCGGCACUGCUGUUCCAGCUGGUCAAUUUGUUCCCGGCAUAAUGAUUGGCUCUACAUAUGGUCGGCUGGUUGGCAUGUUUGUUGUCAACUUUUACCAGAAGCUUAAUAUUGAAGAAGGAACGUAUGCUCUUUUAGGCGCUGCAUCUUUUCUUGGAGGCUCGAUGAGAAUGACCGUAUCCCUUUGUGUAAUUAUGGUUGAGAUUUCAAAUAACUUGAAGUUUCUACCUCUCAUCAUGUUGGUUCUCCUCAUAUCAAAGGCUGUUGGUGAUGCUUUCAAUGAAGGCCUGUAUGAAGAGCAGGCUCGACUAAGGGCUAUUCCUUUACUGGAAUCAAGACCAAAAUACCAAAUGCGGAGUAUGACAGCGAAGGAGGCUUCCGGAAAUCAACAGGUUGUCUAUUUCCCUCGUGUGGUGAAGGUUGUGGAUGUACUUUCUAUUUUAAGGAGCAACAGUCACAAUGGGUUUCCUGUCAUUGAUCACACACGAAGUGGAGAGACGCUUGUCAUCGGCCUCAUAUUGAGAAGUCAUUUGCUAGUACUUUUACAGUCAAAGGUAGACUUCCAACAUAGUCCGUUGCCCUUUAAUUCGAGAGACGGGCCUGUACCUAUCAGGCACAAUCUAACAGAAUUCGUCAAGCCUGUUUCCAGUAAGGGGAUUUCGAUUGAUGACAUCCACCUAAGCCCCGAUGAUCUGGAAAUGUACAUCGACCUUGCUCCGUUUUUGAAUCCGUCGCCUUAUGUUGUUCCAGAAGAUAUGUCAUUAACGAAGGUGUAUACAUUAUUCCGGCAAUUAGGUUUGAGGCAUCUACUUGUCGUACCACGUGCUUCCCGUGUCAUUGGAAUGAUUUCGAGGAAGGAUUUGUUGAUAGAGGACCAUGAAGAUACGACGGCCAUAGAGCUUCAAUCCACUAGUGGAUCAUAGAGGUGACAGGAGAGUGUCGAGGAGGAAAGAAGCUGAGCAACCUCUGCUUGAUGGUCUUAUCGUCUAAGUUGCAACGAGGCUGCUCAUGGUGGUUUGGUUUGCAUUUGUUGAUCGAUGACCAGGUUUUUCCGGCCUCCUCCAUUCUUUUGACAUGAGAUUCAUUUCUUAGUAUCUCCGAGAUUCAUUAUAGGAUAGAACUGUGUGUAGUGUGUUUCUUCUGUUCCUAAAUAUAUAGAAUAAGACGAAAGUGUCGGAAAAUAGAAAGAGACGAAGACGGGUAUAAGGCAGCGAGGAACGAUAUACGGCUGUGGUGUGUGAUUCUUGAUGGGGUAAGGUGCAAACUGUAACACUUUGUAAUCUGGGAAUUGUACGUAGUUAUGAGUUUAGGCCUUUGUAUAUUGAGAUAGGAAUUAUUACAAAGUCAUAUUUCUCCCUUUCGAUUUUCUUUUUUCUGCAAUCUGAAAUUUGAAAGUUUUGAUU